AUGUCUGGCGUUGAGAGAAGCCCAGAGUUUUCUCUUGAGGAUGAGAAACGUCACGAACCAAUGCCAAAAGCAUCUCUCGAGGCUGGGAUGCCUGAUCAAGAGAAGGCUGUGGAUGAAUUUCCUGAAGGAGGAGCCCGGGCUUGGUUGGUUGUUCUCGGGGCGUCACUUGGGUUAUUUGCGACUUUCGGAUAUGCGAAUGCUUUUGGUGUCUUUCAACAAUAUUACGAAACGCAUCAACUCUCACAUGAGUCGCCUUCAUCGAUAUCUUGGAUCGGUUCCAUCUCCGUCUUCAUUCUUUUAGCAAGCGGUCUCUUCAGUGGCCCUCUUUUCGAUCAACAUGGCGAGAAAGUUAUAUAUCCGGCGAUCUUCACUUAUAUUUUGUCGGUGAUGAUGACUAGUAUCUCGAAGAAGCUUUGGCACUUUGUCCUGGCCCAAGGUAUACUUGGAGGGUUUUCAAUGGGCAUGAUUCUUGGUCCGGUGAUGGCUGCCGCUGGCCAGUACUUCCAAAAGAAGAGAGCCGCCGCGCUGGGUCUAUCCGUUGCCGGGUCCUCUGUCGGAGGGGUGGUAUUUCCCAUCGCUCUCAGCAAGAUGCUCGCGAAUCCGAAUCUUACUUUCGGCUGGACUGUGCGAAUAUUAGGCUUCAUCAUGGUUGCGUGUCUCGCGGUAACCUGUUUGACAGUCAAGGCGAGACUGCCACCGCGAAAGGGACAAUUCCUGAUACCCGCUGCCUUCAAAGAGCUUCCAUACGUAACGCUCAUCGGCGCCAUGUUCUUCGCUGUACUCGGUCUAUUUACGCCUUUCUUCUAUCUACCGUCAUACGCAGCCCAACACGGCAUGAGCAUUCAGCUCUCAGCAUAUCUGGCAGCCAUACUCAACGGUGCUUCAUUCUUCGGUCGAGCUGCUGGCGGUAUUCUAGCCGAUCGUCUCGGACGUUUCAACAUGUUGUUUGGGGUCACUACAAUCACAGCGAUUCUAAUGUUCUGCUGGCCUUCUGCACAAACCAACGCUCCCAUCAUCGCUUUCUCCGCGCUUUACGGAUUCUUCUCGGGAGCUAUCAUUUCUUUGAUGGCAGUUUGCUUCAUGUCUGCAGCCGAGGAUGCUAAAAAUAAUGGCACUUACUAUGGAAUGGGAAUGGCCAUCGACUCGAUCGCUGCAUUGAUUGGGCCACCAAUCACCGGUGCUCUUGUAACCAAAUACGGUGGAUUCUCUGAGGCUGCUUAUUUCAGUGGUGCUGCGGUACUCGUGGGUGCUGUGGGGGCGCUGGUGGCAAAGUUUGUCUCCGGCAAGGGCUUCUUUUCGAGGGUCUGA